AUGGUAGGCACUAAAACGCACCACCAUGAAGCCUCUAGCUCCUUCAUGCCGGAGGAGCUCAACCUGUUGCAAAAAGGCAGGGGCACGACCCCUGACGGCGGCCAGGGCGGCGCGCUGGGCCAGUGGAAGUGCAGGCUGCUCGGCUCCCUGCUCCGGCCCCGGCGCCGGCGCUGUGUCGUGUGCCUCCAGGUGCAGCACGUCGCCGGCAUGCCCGCCGCCGCCGAGGGCCGGGCCGUCGUGGUCGGCUGGAGGGGCAAGGGCGGCGACGGCGAGCACACGGCGCCGGCCCGGGUGUCACGGGGCGGCAGCGCCACGUUCGACGAGGUGUUCCUACACUACUUCACCGCGGGCGCCACGCUGCGGAGCUCAAGGUUCACCGUGUGGGCGGCGCUCGUGGCGGAGUCAGCGAUCGCCGGUGGCGUGGACGACGCACUCGGCGCGUUCCCCAUCGACCUCGCCGAUGCCGCCGCCGGUGCCGAGAGCUCUGAUCCGAGGUUCGGCGGCAAGGCUCUCUGCUUCCCGCUCGGCGGGCUCGCCGCCGGUGCCGUGCUCACCGUCAGCGUCUACUGCAGAGUGAUGGAGCAGGAAGAGAUCCAUGGCGCCAAUGCUGGCCAUGCACGGGAGAGGAAGAACAAAGGCAAGAGCCCCUCCUACGCGUCAUGCCUGCCGGAUCUGAACUGCCUCCGGAACCGGCCUCCCUUGGCAGUGGCGACAUCAGCCUCAACGCGGCGGGCGACGUCGCUUCGGUCUGACCGUGGCGGCUUCAUCACCAUCGAGAACUCGGUGGCCGAGAUGGAUGGCAUCAAUGGCGCGUUCGGGCACGUGGAGGUCGACGAUGAGGAAGGGGCUGGGUUCAUCACCAUGGAGAAAGGCACCGUCUCAUCACGGUCUCGCCGGGCUUUCCACCCAGAGACCCUCACCGACGACGAUGAUUGUGGCGGGAGCGGGGUGCCGGAGGAGGACGAGAAGUCAUGCCUGUUCAUGGAGCUGUCAGGAGACGCGUCACUGGAGGUGGAGGAGGUGGAAGAGGAGUUUUUGGCGAUGCUGGAGGACAAGUACUGGCCUAUGAUGAGCAAGAGCAAGGAGAUCGAGAAGGGGCUAAGCGUGAGCCUGGACGUUGGUAUAGACCUGGGCUUGGACCUUGACUCGCUGAUCAAGGACGCCGAGAUGGAGCUGGCUAGGGCGGAGCAGGCGUGGAAGAGCAAGGUCGGCGCCGCCAUCGUCGAGGAAGAGGAGUACAAGGAGCUCGUCCGGCGGUGGAGCGUCGCCUCCAACUCCGGCUGUUCCUGGGGCUUCGGCUUCGGCAGCCCCAUCUAGCUAUCUAAUCAGUAAUCACCAUAGCAAACAACACCAGCUCAUGUAACAACAUGGGUUAAGCUGUAUUAGAUUGAAUGGUACUCCGUUGAUUAAUCACAGUAAUGUUGGGACGACAUGCAAAAGAAA